UAGAGGCGUCCCAGGCUCCUUCAGGGACCCAGCCUGGACUGGCUCUGGAGCCAGGAUGGCUACUCCCCAGGCCCUCCUGACCUGCCUGGGUGUCCUGCUGCUACUCCUCCCCAGGAAUCAGGCCCAGGACCAUGCUCCACCUGGGUGCAGCCCAGACCUCAACCCCCUCUACUACAAUCUUUGUGACCGCUCAGGGGCUUGGGGCAUUGUCCUAGAGGCUUUGGCUGGGGCUGGCGUUAUCUCUACCUUCGUCCUAACCAUCAUCCUGGUGGCCAGCCUUCCCUUUGUGCAGGACAGCAAGAAGCGGAGCCUGCUAGGGACCCAGGUGUUUUUCCUUCUGGGGACGCUGGGCCUCUUCUGCCUCGUGUUUGCCUGUGUGGUCAAGCCUGACUUCUCUACCUGUGCCUCAAGGCGUUUUCUCUUUGGUGUCCUUUUCAGCAUCUGUUUCUCCUGUCUGAGUGCCCACGUCUUUGCCCUCAACUUCCUGGCCCGGAAGAACCAGGCACCUCGGGGCUGGGUCAUCUUUGCCGUGGCCCUGCUCUUGGCCAUGGUAGAGGUCAUCAUCAACGCAGAGUGGCUGAUCAUCACACUGGUUAGGGGUGGGCACGGAGGGGGACGUAGUCUUCUUCUUGGCAACAGGAGUGCCAGCUGGGGUGAGGCAUCCCCCUGUGCCAUUGCCAAUAUGGACUUCGUCAUGGCCCUCAUUUAUGUCAUGCUCUUGUUGCUGGUCACCUUUGUGGGGGCCUGGCCUAUCCUGUGUGGCCGCUUCAAGCGUUGGCGGAAACAUGGAGUCUUUGUGCUGCUCACCACAGCUGCCUCCAUUGCCAUCUGGGUGGUAUGGAUUGUUAUGUACACCUAUGGCAAUGAGCAGCGGAACAGCCCCACCUGGGAUGACCCCACCCUGGCCAUAGCCUUAGCUGCCAAUGCCUGGGCCUUUGUCCUCUUUUACAUAAUCCCUGAAGUCUCCCAGGUGACCAAGGCCAGCCCAGAGCAGAGCUACCAGAGGGAUAUCUAUCCCACCCGGGGUGUGGGCUAUGAAACCAUCCUGAAGGAGAAGAAGGGACAGAGCAUGUUUGUGGAAAACAAGGCUUUCUCAAUGGAUGAGCCAUCCUCAGCCAAAAGACCUGUUUCACCAUACAGCGGGUACAAUGGUCAGCUGCUGACGAGUGUGUACCAGCCCACCGAGAUGGCCCUGAUGCACAAAGGCUUGUCUGAAGGACCCUAUGAUGUGAUCCUCCCAUGGGCUACUGCCAAUAGCAGUCACAUGUUGGGCAGUGCCAACUCAACCCUUCAGGCUGAAGACAUGUAUACCACCCAGAGCCAUCAGGCAGCAUCACAGAAGGAUGGCAAGAACUCACAGGCUGUACAGGCACCUUUCCAGGCCUUGUAA